AUGACCCGCCCUUCUUCUGCUCUCGCAUCAAGCAAAAUUCCACCCUGGAAGUGGCCAUGUCACAGCAAAGGUUUACACCGGAAGCAGGUGUCACGUCUAAGCAGCUUAGACGCUCACCCGUUGAACAAGACAGUUUCGGCUUCGGGUGUGGUCAAGGGGGCGCCGCUCUGGAAGGGGUUGAGGAGGAAUGCACUUGGAUCAGCUCUUGGCCCUUCAGCAAGUAUUAUGUCAAACUCCAGGAGGCGCAGUCUGGGGAAGAUAAGUGCCGCGGAAGCUAUCAAGGCAGGGAGUAUCAAACGGCUGAGGAAACUUGAGAUGGGGAAAGUGAAAGCAGGGGGAACGAGUUCCGGGGAAACGAGCCCCGGGGAAAGUAGGUCAGGGGAGCAGAACCCGGGGGGAUCCCCCGAGCCGCCCCUGAGCCCCGACGUCUCGCUCAGACUUUCCGUGGGGACGGUGACCCUGGCUGCUUUUGCUCUCGGUUUGUUCGCCCUUUCGUGCUCCGUCCUCCCGCCUCUGAGGAUUGCAAACUUGCCCCUUCUUGAGGCCAUUCUUCUCCACAUCCUGCUGUCGUCAAACGCCAUCUUCCUCGAGUGGACGGCUCUGCAAUCAUUCAAGAACGGAAGCGCUAGUAUGACGGGCAGGCUGCGGACCCGGCACCCGGGGCUUCCUCCCGACAGGCACACCUUAUCCGACCCCAGAGCAAACCGUGUUUGCUUCUACAACUCGGUCAGCAAAGUCGUUCAGUGGGAGCCCCCGCCCUCAUUCCUACUUACUACCCCGGAGGCUUCCCCCGGGCUGUUUGGAACCCUGACCCUGUUCUUCCAGCAACUUUGGGGGCUUCUGCAGCCAAUCGUGACGGUCGGGCUGUACUUGAGCACAGUCGUAACGGUCUACUGGUUCUCGCGCGGUCUCUAUAGGGAUCAACUAGGUGUGGGGACGACUUUGUCCCUCUUGGCAGCUUUCCUCGCGCUCCCACAACCGCUGCCGUUCGUUGUCCUUGCGCUCAGUUCGCGGCCUUCCUUCCUGGGGGAAGUUGUUGCCGCCCAAGUUCGACUGGAUUAUGCUCGCGUGGCGCUUCUCCCGCUACCCUAUAGUGUUCCCCUCCCGGUGCCUGUGCCACGCUGGGAACUCUUGACGUCUUCCUGGAGAGCGCUCCUGUACGCCGCGCCGAUGGUCCUCACCCUCGCGCGGCUGCUCGCGGCCGCGGCCGCGGCCAAUCCUCAGGUUUAUGCACCGAGCAAGCUUUACACCCUUGUGCUCUGUUCCAGGCCGGUGCAGAUCAGUGCGUGCGUCUCGGCCGUCGCGUUUCUGCUCGGGCGACAGAGGGCGGCGUACGAGGUCGCUUUAGAGGAGAAAAAGAAGGAAGAAGAAGCGGAGGUCGACACCUUGGACAAGAAGCUACUCGAGAGUUUUGACAGGAUGCUGGUUGAUACGUAG